CAUAUUUCGCCAGUUAAUCCAUAAACAAAAUAAAAACGACAAAGCUGUAAAAAGUAGAAAAUGUUCCUUAUUGAAGAAAAAAAUAAACAGCUUUAAAUAUUUUACAAAUAAAGGCAUAAUGUGUCUGAAUAUGGCAAAUAAGUUUCAUGAAUGGAAUCGGAAGAGCCGUACGAUGUUUGGAUUGAUAAUGAAGAAUAUGGACAAUUAUACUAAGCUGAGAAAGGAGUAUGAAAUGAUAAAGUAUAAUAUGGCUCAACUUGCUGAGAGAGAAAGGAUUUAUGAUGAUAGUUUCCUUAUUUUUGACAACAACAAUAUCCUUUUUAAUAAUGGUGUCGCGAAUGAAAAUGGAAAUAACAUAUUUGAAUAUGAAGAUUUUGAGAUAGUUGAGUUUUACGGUAGGAUAAAUAAGGUGGAUGACCGCGAGCUUUUGCUGAUAGGAAUCGAAACUAAGCUUUACGAGAUUCAAGAUACAUUCUUUAAGAGAUGUUUUUCGUUAUAUCAGGAAUUAAAUGAUUAUGGUACGGAGUUGAGACAAUAUCUAUGCAACGACAAGCACACUCUGAAAUCAUAUAAAUAUCGAAAGAAAAAUCUAGGGAAGUUUGUAUGCUGCAGAUAUCAUUUAUUAAAGCGUAUGCUGGAGCGAAUUAACAAACACAAAAAACGCAUCGCUAAAUAUAAUCCUACAUACAAGGAAAAUAAAUGGAAUUAGCGAUGACAUAUUUUUUAUGUAAACUUUUAUAUUUGAUAUUUUAUAUAA